AUGGCGACUAGAGAGUUCCAAUACGAUCCCAAGAUACACCGUCCCCCCAAACUGACCCAAAUCUUCCACCACCCCCUCGACAACUGCCCCGGGAAAUGCAUCAUCGGGCUGGUGGCGGAACUCGGCCCCGGCACCGCUCUGCCACCCCAUCGCCACGGUGGGGCGACGGUGUCCGGCUACAUCCUCGAGGGAACGAUCUACAACAAGAUGAACGAUGAGCCUCAGGAGACCAUCACCAAGGGUGGGCAGUGGUUUGAGAGGCCCGGGUGCCAUCAUAGAGUCAGCGCCAAUGCCAGCGACACCGAGCCGGCGAAGUUCUUCGCGACCUUCGUGAUUGACGAGGAGGCGGUGAAGCAGGGAAGGUUGAUGGAGAUAGAUGAAGGAUAUCAGCAUGUUGAAUGCACGGUGGAGCAGUCGCCUGGCAUGAGGGGUGAAUGUAAAUGUAAGACUUGA